AUGAGUGCCACAAGACAAACUGGUCCCACAGCACCCCCUCCUGCCAUUGCAAAAGAUGACAUUAUAAUCCUUAGAAAGAUAGAAUAUCCAAGCUUUAAAGAAGAUGAGAAUGAGAUACAGAAGGAGAGAGAGAGGAACUCAGUUUCAGUACAGCGAUCAAAUGGUGGUGAGCAUCGCCAGCAGAGAGGAUCCUCAGUAUCCAGAAACAACGUUGAGGAAAGAAAUGAUAAAAAAUCACACCAAGGAUCUGGGUUCAAGUCUGGACAAAGCCUGUUAAACAGGAAGUCUUUAACUAAGCAGGACAAGUGCAGUGAUAAUUCUAAGACCCAAGCAAAGAGGGAUCCAGGCCAAUCGAAAGAGAACAAACAUCAUUUGGAAAGAUCUCAAGGCCAACUGGAAGAAAAUCGACACUAUUCAGAGAAAUCUAGAGGCCAUCGUCGUCAACAAGAGAGAUCUAGAGGCCAAUUAGAGAGAUCUCGUAGCCCCUCAGAAAGAUCUCAUGGCCACUCAAAGAGAUCUCGUGGCCACUCUGAGAGAUCUCGUGGCCAUUCAGAAAGAUCUCGUGGCCACUCAGAGAGAUCUCGUGGCCACUCUGAGAGAUCUCAUGGCCAAUCAGAGAGAUCUCAUGGCCAAUCAGAGAGAUCUCAUGGCCAAUCAGGAAGUUCUCAUGACCAAUCAGGGAAAUAUAGAAGAUACUCACCCGUAGAAAGAUUCAGAACUUCACCCAAAAUUAGGUAUGAAUUUGACAGGGAUGACUAUCUCCAGGAGCAGCUGCAGCAAAGAAAUGACCAAACGAACAUGAGUCAAAAUCUCAAGACUGCUCCAUACAUGACAGAGGAUGAUGAUGAUGAUGAUGACGACGAUAAUAAUGAAAAUACCAGGGCACUAAGGCUUCUCUAA